CUAUGGCAGUUGCAAGGCGGCAACGGCGCCAGAGACGGAGCGCGCGCCCGGCUUUGAAUGAGCGGGACUGGGACUGAACGGCAGGAGCGCGAGCUCGAGGAAGAGAUCGGCAGCGCGCGUGCGCGCGCCUUGUGUGCGCGCGCGGCCCGCGGCAGCUCGGAGCCUCCGCCGGGCGGGCGGGGAGGGGGAGGGGCAGGUGAGUGUGUGCGGCUCGCGCGCUCCCGCGAGGGGCUUCCCUCCCCCACCCUCACCCCGAUUCUGACCCGGGCCCUGGGGGAGGGGGAGUGUCCUUUGCCCUUCCUGGGUUAGCCCUCCUUUCUGCCCUGCACUUCGCGUCCUUCCUCCUCCCUUUCGCCCCUCCGCCCAGUUUCCCCCCACCCUAGCCGGCUGCAACUCUGGGGUACUGUUUCCGGGUCAGGUUGACCUCUGGGGUGAGGGAAUCGCGACCCGAAGCGGCCGCUGGCGCGCAGCCCUCACCAUGCCACGCUCACGCGUGGGGGACUGGCCUGCGGUGCGCCGGCCCAGAAACCCCGGAGCCCCUAAAUCUGCCCUCCACAGGGAAAUUUUCCCGUUCUUCCUGCCCUUCCUCUACAGGCCUUGCUCCUUCCCUGGCAGAUUUUUUCAAAACCCUACUCCCAGCCUUCUGGGCACCCACUAGGAGCAAUUAAGAGCGUUUCACAAAAGGCGGUGCGCAUGGCGUCGGAUUGUGUAACCUGAAAUCGCUCCUGUCACUUUUCUCAUCUGUACAGUGGGCAUGAUUUUUUUUUUUUUUUCAUCAGACAAUUUCAGGUUUUUGAUUCCCACCAUGGCUAUCACACAGUUUCGGUUAUUUAAAGUUUGUACCUGCCUAGCAACAGUAUUCUCAUUCCUAAAAAGAUUAAUAUGCAGAUCUGGCAGAGGACGAAAGUUAAGUGGAGACCAAAUAACUUUGCCAACUACAGUUGAUUAUUCAUCAGUUCCUAAGCAGGCAGAUGUUGAAGAGUGGACUUCCUGGGAUGAAGAUGCACCCACAAGUGUAAAGAUUGAAGGAGGGAAUGGGAAUGUGGCAACGCAACAAAAUGCUUUAGAACAACUUGAGCCUGACUAUUUUAAAGACAUGACACCAACUAUAAGGAAAACCCAGAAAAUCAUUAUUAAGAAGAGAGAACCAUUAAAUUUUGGCAUCCCAGAUGGUAGCACAGGUUUCUCUAGUAGGCUAGCAGCUACACAAGAUAUGCCUUUUAUUCAUCAGUCUCCUGAAUUAGGUGAUUUGGAUACCUGGCAGGAAAAUACCAAUGCAUGGGAAGAAGAAGAAGAUGCAGCCUGGCAAGCUGAAGAAGUUCUGAGGCAGCAGAAGAUAGCAGACAGGGAAAAGAGAGCAGCAGAACAACAAAGGAAGAAAAUGGAAAAGGAAGCGCAGCGGCUAAUGAAGAAGGAACAAAACAAAAUUGGUGUGAAACUUUCAUAACAAAUGUUCUUCAGUUGUCAUAGUGCCAGUGGGAGAAAUAGGAGCUCCACAACCCAAGCAACAUUUGUGUGGAUCUUAUAAGAGUAUUUUCAGAAUACAAAUACACUGCUUGAUUUUAACACAUUCAUCAGGCCAUCCAGGAUUCUCUCACAGUCCCUUGAACUCUUAGUGAAUGAGAUUCAGAGAACAAAACAGACUCAUGAGACAAUAUUUUCUUCAACAUGCUCCAGCUAUAAGACAAUUGUUUGCUUAAGAGAAUUAUUACAAAUGGAAUAUAUCAGUACCUCUUUAAGCUAGUACUACUAGCUUAAUAAAUGGGUGUAAAUAAUUUUAUGGUGGGAAAGAACUCUGCUAUCUGUAAUGCUUUCCUUCAUUAUGCAUAAUGAUAAAUAAUUUUAAAUAUUCUUUUGUUGCCAUGAUUACCUGACCUGAAUCAGACAAACUUGCAGGGCUUGAACCUUUUAUUUUUGUUGUCAGAAGCUGACGUUGGCAUAUAUUUCCUCUAAUUUGAAUUGGUAUUGUUCAUCUUUGAUAUGAUGUUAAGAAAUUUGGUAAUUUUGGUUUUCAAGAAAAUGAUAUUAAAUGCAAUAAUUUUAUUUAUCAUAAACAUUUUGUACAUCAUUUUUUGUUUUAGAUGGAAUUUUAAUGUUAUACAUAUUUGUAAUUUAUGUUGCAUGUAUAAACGGUGUAAAUCUGCUAAAAUGGCAAAUUUGUUUUACAUUAUUAUAACUUGUGAGUUUUAAAACCUAUGAUUAAUAGUUUUUCCCCAUCAUUGUAGAUUUUAAGAUGUUAUGGUAUCUUUAAGUACCCUAGUUCCUCUUGCCAAAGCCAUUAAUUUAAAAAUGCAUAAAGCCUUCAGUUUCUACUAUUUCAAAGCAUUUAGAUGAUUUCUGUAUCAGUUUUAUAUAUCUGACAUAAUGCAGGUUAUCUGUGUUGUUGACUAAGGUAACAUUAUUGAUUCAUUAAAUUAUAAACCAAGAUAGGAAUAAUAAUACUUCUAUUUUUGAAUGUUGACUAGCUCCGAAAUAAUUUUCAGGAAGUAGGUACAGACUGUGUUCAUAAGGAAAAAUGUAGAUUUGAUAGUUUAAUAUCUCAUUAAUUUUAUUUCCAUAAUUAAAAUACAUCCAGCCUGAUUUUCUAUGGCUUUAGAAUUUUUAUAUUUUUACUUUCUUAAAAGUUGUGCCCCAAAUUAACAUUUUCUAGGUUUUUAAAAAGUCAUAAAUACUCUGCAGGCCAAAUACUGCUAAUUUUUUUUUUUUUUUUUUUUUUAGGGCCACAGUUGCAGCAUGUGGAAGUUCCCAGGAGAGGGGUCGAAUCAGAGCUGUAGCUGCUGGCCUACACCAUAACCACAGCAACUCCAGAUCCGAGCCAUGACUUCAAGCUACACUGUGGUUCACGGCAAUGCCAGAUCAUUAACCCACUGAGCAAGACAGGGAUCAAAUCUUAUAGAUACGCAUUGGAUUCAUUACCAUUGAACCACAACAGGAACUCCAUUUAUUUGAAUUAAAGUAAUAUUACUUGGUAAAAUUACAAACUAUAUAAGCUCCCUAGGUCCUUAGCUUAAGCUACUAGAUUAAAUGCAGUUGUGAAAUUAGUUGAAAUUUAACUUUGGUAAAAACUUUCUGUUAUAUAGCCCCAACCCAAUUUUCAGUUACCAUGUUUGUUAGAGUUUUUGCCAGUAAACUCCAAAUUAAACAGAAUUAGACUAAAAUUUUUAAUACUAAA